AUCAAGUCUUGUGCUUCUCCUAAACUGGAUUAUGAGACGUGAUGAUCGGGUCCAGGAUAAGCACCAGAUCCCAAUCCUCUGCUCAUCUCAUGGGAUGUGAGAUCUGGAUAAUCAGGAAUUCCUUUGAUUGACUCGAACAGGAUUCAGUGCGAUGGGAAAGAGUGAGUCAGAGAGUCCGGCUGAGAGAAGGAGAAUUUAACUGCAUUAGAGAGAAACUACUCCGAGGUGCAGAUCAGAGCGGUGUGAUGUCUGAUAACACGUCACUGCCGUCUGUGUCUAACGCGUCUCUCCCGCCGCUGCUGACGGACUGGACGGCGCCCUCCUUCACUCCCGCGGCUCAGGCCCGCGUCUCAGCCACCAUGGUGCUCUUCCUGUUCGCCGCUGUCAGUAACCUGGCGCUCCUCAUCAGUGUGUCGCGCGGUCGGCGUCUGGCGUCUCACCUGCGUCCUCUUAUCAUCAGCCUGGCGUCGGCCGACCUGAUGAUGACCUUCAUUGUGAUGCCGCUGGACAUGGUGUGGAACGUGACGGUGCAGUGGUACGCCGGAAACGGGCUCUGUAAGCUACUGUGCUUCCUGAAGCUCUUCGCCAUGCAAACCUCCGCCUUCAUCCUGGUGGUCAUCAGUCUGGACCGGCAUCACGCCAUCCUGUGGCCGCUGGACUCGCUCAACGCCCAUCACAGGAACAGGAGGAUGCUACUGCUGGCCUGGAGCCUCAGCGCACUGAUCGCAUCGCCACAGCUGUUCAUCUUCCGGACGGUCAAAGCGGAGAGUGUGGACUUCACUCAGUGUGUCACACACGGGAGUUUCCGCGAGCGCUGGCAUGAGACUGCGUACAACAUGUUUCAUUUCGUGACGCUGUACGUGAUUCCGCUGCUGGUCAUGAGCUGCUGUUACACCUGCAUCCUCAUCGAGAUCAACAGACAGCUGCACAAGAGCAAAGCGGGCGAGUCUCUGAGACGCAGUGGCACAGACAUGAUCCCGAAGGCCCGGAUGAAGACGCUGAAGAUGACCAUCAUCAUCGUCCUGUCGUUCGUGGUCUGCUGGACACCCUACUAUCUGCUGGGCAUCUGGUACUGGUUCCAGCCGGAGAUGCUGAAGGUCACGCCCGAGUACAUCCAUCACCUGCUCUUCGUGUUCGGGAACCUGAACACCUGCUGCGACCCGGUGAUCUACGGCCUCUACACGCCCUCGUUCCGCGCCGAUCUCGCCUGCUGCUGCCACUGCCGGACCCCCGCAGACUCGCCGUGCUCUCUGGACCGGCUCUCGGCCCGACACGGAGAACACGAGUCUGACCCGGCCAGCGUGAAGAGCGCAUAAACCACGUCUCAAUCCUCACGACUCCAGUUCACGACGGGUUUGACGGAGCAUCUGCAUCAGAACACGCUUCAGACUCUCAGCCGCUGGAGAG